UCCCCGGGCGCAGAGCCUGAGUUUGGGGCGAGGAGAAAGCUCAGGGAGCGGAUGGCAGUCGUGGUCACACAACGACGCGGUGGUACCUGACGCCGCUGCACCGCGCCUUAGAAACGUGUAAAACGGCAAUUUCUAUGCUGUGCAUUCUCUGCCAGGAUGGUCAUUAAAAGGUCGUGCUCACUCUGGGCUCUGAAGCAAUGAAAAUAAACAGUGGAGCUGGGAUAGGCCUGUCCGCCGAGAUCCCGCCCCGCCCAGGCCGCCUCCCGCGCGCCGCGCGGGUCUUGCUCCGCGAGUCCCCGGCCAUCGCCGCCGGGAGCCCAGGGCGGCUGAGCGGACCCCGCGGAGCGGCCGGCCGAGGACCAGCCGGCCUGCCUGCAGCCCCGGCCCGCCGGCCGCAGACAUGGACGCACGGGGCCCCGAAGCAUCCGGAGGGCGCGCGCUGCGGGACGUGGCAGAAAAUCUAUUUCAGGAACUUCAAGAACAUUUUCAAGCUCUGACGGCAACAUUAAACCUCAGAAUGGAAGAAAUGGGGGGUCGCAUUGAAGACUUGCAGAAGAACGUGAAUGACCUGAUGGCCCAAGCUGGGAUUGACAGUCCUGCUCAGAAACACAGACUUGAAGACAGAACAGUCAUUUGAAAAUAUGAAAACGUGAAAACUGUACUUUUUGAGUAAUAACUAUAUAACACAAGUUCUUAUUUUUAGUAUUUAAGAAUUCAUUAGUAAAAUAAAAGAUUAAAAGGACAGAGGCAGGGCAAUAAGAAUGUAAGUAGGCAAGAGAUCGACCACUUAACAAAGAUGGUUAUAAAAUGACAGGACACACCUAACAUUUGUGGAUCAUGGGGGAAAAGAAUAAGAUAUAACAGGUCAAUUUUCCCCCAGAAUUAAGCUCUAUAUAGAACUUUCUUAAGAAUAUCAUAAGCAGUUUUCUACAGAAGUUGCUUCUUCAACAUCUUCAUUCCGGUUCAAUAAUUCCAGUCACAUGAUUCUGAGGAAGACUCAUGUUCACCUGUCCAGUCCAAGCAGACCCUGAUGGUAUGUUCUCCAAACCAAAGGAAAACCAGAGAAGCAGCUGAUGCAGGAGCUCUGGACUGCUUCCUAGGACACCCUUCCCUGCUCCCCACCCCCACCCCCGCUGCCCCACGUAGAGGUCGUGACCAAAGAGGUGCACAAAGAUUGCACCCAUCUUUAUCUUGUCAGUUAGAGCGGCUUUCAAAUAAUUGUCAAGUCACCUAUCUAUGAGCCAAAGUAAAAAAAGCUAUGAUCGCCUAAAACAGGGUCCAUUGUAGGCUCUCAUUAUAAAAAAAUAACAUUAUCCCUGCAUAUAAAAGAAAUCAUACUCUUUAUACAACUGAGUGACUUCACUUUCACGCAUUGGAGAAGGAAAUGGCAACCCACUCCAGUGUUCUUGCCUAUAGAAUCCCAGGGACGGGGGAGCCUGGUGGGCUGCCGUCUAUGGGGUUGCACAGAGUUGGACACGACUGAAGUGACUUAGCAGCAGCAGCAGCAGCAUACAAAAGUCAAAAGCACUCCUACAAUUUAGAAUUACGCACUAUCAAUACUUCUCUCUAUGCAAGCAAUUUUACAUAGUUCAUCAUAUUGCUUGUAAUUCAAUAUCCUGUUCUCAUAAACACUUUUCCCCUUGUGAAAGUUUCAUAUACACUUUUGUAUGGUCACUAACACUCUAUUAUGUGGCUGAAAUAAUUUAACAUCCCCUGCACCAUUCCUUGGGGUUGAGAUUGCUUCUUACUUUCUGGCUAGUAUAGGUGAGUUCCCUGAGUGAGCACUGGCCGCCCUCGAAUUCUCUGCACGUUUCUCUAGGGCCAGAAGCAUGGCCACAGGCCAAGCACACUGAGCAGAAUGCACGUGAGAAAGGAAAGGUCACUUCAUGCCCUCGACAGCGAUGCGAGCCCAAAGUGUAAGCCCAAAGGUUUAAAUUCAGUGUUCUUGGUGGUUUAGAAUCAUAUUUCCAUUUGAUUAUAUGAAAGAUUUCAAAGCGUCUUAGGUGUAAUUUUAAGUUUAGCAGAAACUAGAGAAAAUUACUUGAGUUAAAAUAAACCAAACAGAUUUGCAUCUCCAGGAAUAAUACAGAACAUAAUUUAAAGUCCAGGAUUUUUAAUAAAUUAAGUAAGUAGGAAAGGAAGCUUCUGUUUAGUUAUUAACUAAAAUAAAACAUAGACAGUGUCAAAAGUUUAUUAACUUUGCAAAGAAAGUUCUCAGCUGAUCCCCUUUUAUUGGCUCAUUUGGCCAUUUAACAUCUCAAUUAUUCACUCAAACCACAGAUAUCUAUCUUUAAAGAGAUUACUCGGCAUUUUUUAAUAUCAUAUCUGUUUCAGUAUCUUCCUAAUACUUUUAUGAAGAAUUGCUAUUUUCUAGCACCCUGUUACAUAUAUUUAGAAAAAAUCAGAAUGUUUUCAUAAGAAAAAGAGGGAAAAUAGUAGACAGAUUUACGUGUACUUAAAUACUCUUAUUCUAAUCUAAAUGGGAUUAAUACCACUUUAGUAGAAAGCGGUUUAUUCAUUGAACACCUAAGUAAAGUGGAGUUACUUCAAUAUAAAAUCCUAUAUUCAUGAAUGUGUAAUUUAAAACAACACAAAGUUAUGAACUUGUGAGAAUAUAAAGCUUAAUAAUAGAGUUGAAUCUAUAGGGCAGAAGUGCUGCAAGUUUUAAAUUCUUACAUUUCAUUCCUUUUCUACUAUUGCCCUUAUCUAUCUCCAUAGAUUUUUAACUCUCUCCCCGAAUCUCCUUUCAGCACCCCCGCCCAAGCUUUUUGGAAGUAAAUUCCAUCAACUCACACCUCCUUCCCUAGCAGAGCCUCUGCAGCUGCUAGCUCCCCUCAACCACACCAUAUUUCCAGCCCCAGGGCCUCGUCCUACCACAGGGCCUGGUUCUGAGGUUCCUUCUGGACCAGAGUUACACACACACACACACACAGACACACAUCCAUGCCAGCCAGCACUUCCUGUAUCUGAUCUCAGCUUGAACAUGGUCUCCUGAGAGGUCCUUUCCCUGAAUGCCUGUCUGGGUCUGAUGUGUCCUUCAUGUGGUCUCUGGCUGACUGUCACAGUUGUCAUUUCACUUCUUUGUAAUCAUUUGAGUCUCCUCCACAAGGCAGCAACCGGUUUGAUUUUGUUCACCUCAGCUGCUCAGGGCUGGCGCCAGCCCUGGGACCCACGAGCUACUCAAACUUUUUUUUAAACUAAUGAAUGAAUUUUGAGAGUUUCUAAACACUUUGCAAUCUUUUCUAUGAUGCUUUUUGCCCACAGAGAUGUGUGAGAGCUUGAUCACUUUUUGACAAAACCAGAGGCCAGAGGGAAGACUGGGGACAACAGCAGUGACUGUAGGCUGGGGUGGUAUGGGGAGGCAGCGCUGAGCUCCUGAGGGCACCGCGAGUGUUCUUUGUAAAACGUUGACGAAAAAUGUAAAAAUGCCAAAAAGAGUGCUAGGAUCAGUUGGAUUUAAAAAUCAUGUAGGAAAACUCUUCAAAAUGAUACCCACCUAAAGCAAGUCAAGGUCCCAGGCUGAUCUUCAAGACCUCAUAUAGUCACAAGAAGUCUGAGGAGGUCUCGAAUAUACACCCUGAGUUUUAACUAAGCAACCCAUGAAACCAAACUUUGAGUGUGGUUUUCAGAAACAUCAGCAGUGCGAUUUUCUAGGAGAGUUGUAGACAGUAGAUGCUUUGAUUCUGUCGGUGCCCGAGCUCUUCAUCUCUUACCGUCUCGGCAGAGAGAGAACUGGGCAGUCUAGCCUAUGGACACUUGGACGCCUACACAGCUGUUUGCUGUGCUGUUUCAGAUCUUUGUUGUGAAUGUCUUAAACUAUGUAAAUAGCAUCAUAACCCAGUGUCCUUCUGUACCUAGUUUUCCAUUCAGUAGUUUGAGAUUUGCCUAUGUUAAUAUGUAUAGGUCUAGAUCAAUGUAACUAACUGCAAUAUAAUAGUCCUUUGACUAUUUGUCGUUUGUUUCCAAAUAAUGCUGCAAUAAACUCUGCAGAGACAUCACUUUGGCAACAAAGGUCUGUCUAGUCAAAGCUAUGGUUUUUCAGUAGUCAUGUAUGGAUGUGAGAGU